AUGCUGCAGACAGCGUUGCUUCUGUUGCUCCUGACAGCGUCCGUGAGGUGCGCCCCAGGUGGCGCAGAGCAGCGGAAGGUUUCGGUACUUCAGGGACGCAUAGUCAAUGGCGAAGUAGCAGAACCAGGGGAGUUCCCUCAUAUGGUGCUGCUGCAGUGGAAUAGCGCUAAGCGGUGCGGCGCCUCCAUCUUGAACGAGCAGUGGGCACUCACGUCAGCUAGCUGCGUCUACAUCACCUACGGCACCUAUGAAGCGUUGUCUGGUACCAUCAACCUGAACGAGGGGGGCACGAGACACGCGGUGACGGAGAUUCAUAGUCAUCUGGGCUACAGUCCUGAUGACUCCUGGCUCAACGACAUCGCUGUUUUCAAGGUGAGCCCAGAUUUUCCAAUAGAUGGAGUCAACGUGGCACCAAUACAGCUGCCAGAGCCGGCAGAGGAGGUUCCAGAUGGAGUCAACGUCACCGUCAUAGGUUGGGGAGAUCUGUGGUAUGGAGGACCGCAGCCAGACAACCUGCGCAAAGUGGACUUGGGAGUAGUAAACCAAGAGGAAUGCCAAGCGGUGUGGGGCGAAGAUGGCUACGCCAUCUAUCCUACGCAGAUGUGCGCUGCUCGCUUCGAGGAGAAAAACUACGACUCCUGCUACGGUGAUUCAGGUGGUCCGCUGCUCUACGAGGGAAAGAUUGUGGGGAUUGCAUCAUGGGGAUACGAGUGUGCUAUCCCUCCAUAUCCCUCAGUCGCCACCCGUGUCUCCAUGUACAUAAACUGGAUCAUUGAGAACACGAACGGAACAUUGGUGCCGCACUAG